AUGGCUGUCAAGACUGGUAUUGCUGUUGGUUUAAACAAAGGUAAACAAGUUACUUCAAUGACCCCAACUUCCAAAAUUUCAUAUAAGAAAGGUACAUCAUCUAAUAGAACAAAAUUUGUUCGUUCUUUAGUUAGAGAAAUUGCUGGAUUAGCACCAUAUGAAAGAAGAUUAAUUGAUGUUUUAAGAAAUACUGGUGAAAAGAAAGCCAAGAAAGUUGCUAAGAAGAGAUUAGGUACUUUAAAGAGAGCUAAAGCUAAAGUUGAAGAAAUGAACAAUAUCAUUGCUGCUUCUCGUCGUCAUUAA